AUGUCUGUGGAAAUACAAAUCGGAGACCUUGGUGUCCAAAUCACCGCUGAGCCCCUGACCCAGGAAGCGUUUGCGUCGUUUGGCGACGUCGUCACCAACCCUCGGCCAGACCUACACCCCACAACAUACGCAUCACAUGGCGGCCAGCUUCCCUACGACGGAGUUUCCGCAAACCAAGGCACCGCAAUCCAGUAUCGACACGUCAGCCGGCCCCGGAACCUGUAUGCCCAAGCACCAAGCGGCGAUGGCCAGCUUAUCAUGAGCCAAUUCGUCUGUGGGACUCGCCAGCUCGCAGCCACGAGCAGCCCCUCGCAGGGCGAGUUCACCGUUGGCGUCCUGGAGCGACACCCAUUUACAUCCCAGACGUUCGCCCCGCUGGCAUCGAGCGCCUCGGCUUACUUGGUCAUUGUGGCACCGACUCUACCGCCUGGGCCGUCAGAUGAAGGCCUCCCUGUGCCCAGUGGCGACGGCCUACCUGGGAGGGGAUUGCCUGACCUGCGGGGACUGAAAGCCUUCCUGGCUACGAGCAAGCAAGCUGUGACGUAUGGAGCUGGAACGUGGCAUGCCCCAAUGGCGACUUUGGGUGAACCCGGGACGUCUCUGGACUUUCUGGUUGUGCAGUUCUCGAGCGGAGUCGCGGUGGAGGAUUGUCAGCUAGCCAUAUUCGAGUCGAAAGGUUCAGAUGAGUCAAACAUCAAAGUGAGGGUCCCCACGAUCAAAGAGCGGCUGGGGAAAUUGUCGAUUGCAACUUCAGCCUCCAAAAUGACCGGACAACUCCCAUUGCCUGACGCACAGAACAAGCUCGAGGACCUCUCGGGCAUUGUACUUAAGCCUGGAGAGAACCCGUACAUGGCCUUGAUCAAAGCUUGUGACGAAAAGCCCGCUGAGAUUCAAGCUCUCUACUCUGCUCACCGGACCAAGAGAAACGCCCAGCAAAAAAAAAAGUUUCUGGCUUCCGAUUUCAAAGAACUUGUCAUUGACCAGUAUCUUCUCAGACUGGAAGUCCCAACCGUCCAGCCUGGCUUUCGUGAUGAGCGGAACUGCAUGGUUUUCUGGGCUAGACCGCCUAACCAUGUUAUUGAGCUGGCGGUGAAAGUCCAGGAGUUGCUGAAGAAAGCCGCCCCUAGCGUUUGGAUGAUGCCCGCUCAUAGAAUGCACAUGACCGUGCUUGAAGUUGCAUUCUCCAAGACCCCGGAGGAGAUCGCCGCUCUGGUCUCUACCUUGCGACCAGCGAUCCCAAACACCGUAAACUACCCAUUCUCGCACAGAUCGCGGAUCGUCAAGCCCAUGGUCUCAUACGACUUGUCCGCCUUUGCCCUUUCAUUCGUCCCUGCCUCGGGAGAGUCUCCCCUCUCGCCAGAGCCGGUCGGGCCUGUGAUCAAGGAGGGCAUUACGGAAGGCGAUUCGUACACCUAUCACCACCUUCGCCGCGAUGUAUUCGACCAGAUCCAGGAUGCCGGCAUUGAGGUUGGGUCGAGAUACCAAGUUCCCAGUGCUCACAUCACUCUUGGUCGGUAUCUGAACCACGACGAUCACGAUACCCCCGAGAAGAGGGAGAAGUGGAUCGAGGCUAUUGACAGCAUCAACGAGUGGCUGGAGAAGGAAGUUUGGGAUAACUCAGACUCCGAUUUCGUUGGAGAGUGGGUUGUCGGCCAGGAAAGAGGGCUUGACGCUCGAAAUGGCGCUCUUUGGUACGGAGGUGGCCGAACCAUCAUGCUGGGAGAAGGAUUCUAGACUAGCCACGUGGUAGAUCAUAGAUGAGGGUCGACCUCGACAACAGGAGACGAAAUCAACGUGAUGUUUAAAUGGCG